AUGGAUGUGGAAAGCCCCAGAACCCAGGAGCAGACUCCUACCAAGUCGCCCUAUGAGAAUGUCCGCACGAACGGCCGAGCCUUCAACUCUGCCAACUGGCGCACAAAGGUCGAAAGCCCAUCAGCGUCACCCUCGCGUCCCAGCAAUGCCAGCCCCAGCACCACCAACACCUCUCGCGCAGCAUUCAGCCGACCCGGAUCCCAUGUCCCGCAAGCGAUCUCAGAUGGCCGACGCCUAUAUGUAGGCAACAUGCCUUACACGGCCAAGACGGAGGAUGUGGAGGCGCUGUUCAUUGCGGCCGAGUUCCCUAUCGAGCGCAUCGAUAUUGCCAUUGACCCUUUCACCGGCCGAAACCCCUCCUACUGCUUCGUCGACUUGCAAAACAAGGAACAUGCCGAGCGCGCCAUGACCGAAUUGGAUGGCCGGGAUAUGUUGGGCCGUCCUGUCAAGAUCAAGCCUGGUGUUGCCAAGUCGGCAGAGCGGAUCGCCAAUCCUCCUUCGCCCUUUAGAACUGAUCGCUGGCGCCAGCAGGAUAACUCCAGUUUCGCCAAGGCUAACAGUGACUCUAGCCGUCGAGUCUACGUUGGAGGCCUGCCUCGGUUGACAGACCAUGAGGCUGUGCAGAGUAACAUUAAGGCGUUUUUCAACGGGUUCUCUGUUGAGAAUGUCAGCAAGGUCUUCACCCCUCACCCCGCAAAGCGUUUCGAGCCCGGCGAGCAUUACUAUCUGUUUGUCGACGUUGGCAGCCCUGAGGAAGCUCAGAGGGCUAUGGACGAACUGAACGGCCGACCAGGACCGUGGGGCGGUCCUCUGCGAGUGCAAUUUGCCCGCGGACCUAAAACAACUGAAUAA